AUGGAGCUCAACGAGAAGAUUGGGAAGAGGGAUGUGGGGUUCUGCCGCGUGCUGCGAAACGUCGGCGUUAUGCCACGUGGCCGUAUCGGGCUCUAUGAGUUUUGGAAAAGCGUCGGGUUUGACACGGUGCCGCGUCAACAAGUGCGGCGCAGGAGGAGCGAGUGGAUUCUGCAUGCAACCGACAGGGGGGGGGGGGGGUGUUGUACGGCCUUCCUGCAACCGCGGAAGCGCAGAAUAACAGGGCGUCCAACUGGCUUGAAGGUCCAAUCAGGCCGGAGAGUAUUUUUCCAAAAUUUUUUGCUUCUUUUGCAGGCAGGGAUAUCACGGGCUGCCGUUUUUUGA